AUGUCCACGCUGCGAGGAGGUGAGGAGAGAACACGCUGUCUGUCCACCAAGAGAGAGAAGGCCUAGAAGACAGGUGAGUAAGACAUCCAGGCCCUGAGGGUCUCUCCCUGGAUAGUUUGGGCCCUAACCUAACUCUGGGCAUACGCCAUGGAGAGAUUGGAAUGUGUCUCUCCUAAGCUGCUCAGGUACUUCGUAAAUCAUUUUACUAAAAGCUAUAGCGCUAUCUGUUAGGGAGUAAGGGAGUUUUCUAUUGGCAUAUCUGGGGAAUCUCCUGAAAAAUAGGAAUAUUGUGUUUACUGUAUGAGCUAUCGUGUUUUCAAUAAGCACAUUCUGAAAAUGUAUCAUGCUUUGUUUUUACAGCCAACCUUCCUCCACAGAUUUCUGUGACCGGACAGUAAGGGGAUCUCAUCAGGACGUGGAGCCAUGCUGCUGAGAAUGUCGCCCCGAGCGGCAGCACUACUCAUGCUGUGUGUUCAGCAACUGCAUGCCUCCGCGCUGCUUGCUGUAUCCUCCUACGAGUUCACUGCCUAUAGGAUGCAGCAGUACGCCGUACAGCAGGAAAAACAUGGUAGGGUCACUUGGCCAGACUUACGAAGUACACUGGCUUGCGACAGUAUUCACCCCCUUGGCAUUUUUCCUAUUUUGUUGCCUUACAACCUGUAAUUAAAAUGGAUUUUUGGGGGGGUUUGUAUCAUUUGAUUUACACAACAUGCUUACCACUUUGAAGAUGCAAAAUAUUUUUUGCUGAUAAACAAACAAGAAAUAAGACAAAAAAACAGAACUUGAGCAUGCAUAACAAGGUCGCUGGUUCUAAUCCCCGAGCCGACUAGGUAAAAAAUCUGUCGGUGCCCUUGAGCAAGGCACUUAACCCUAAUUGCUCCUGUAAGUCGCUCUGGAUAAGAGCGUCUGCUAAAUGACUAAAAUGUAAAUGUAUUCACCCCCCCCCCCCCCCCCCCCCAAAGUCAAUACUUUGUAGAGCCACCUUUUGCAGCAAUUACAGCUGCAAGUCUCUUUGGGUAUGUCUCUAUAAGCUUGGCACAUCUAGCCACUGGGAUUUUUGCCCAUUCUUCAAGGCAAAACUGCUCCAGCUCCUUCAAGUUGGAUGGGUUCCGCUGGUGUACAGCAAUCUUUAAGUCAUACCACAGAUUCUCAAUUGGAUUGAGGUCUGGGCUUUGACUAGGCCAUUCCAAGACAUUUAAAUGUUUCCCCUUAAACCACUCAAGUGUUGCUUUAGCAGUAUGCUUAGGGUCAUUGUCUUGCUGGAAGGUGAACCUCCGUCCCAGUCUCAAAUCUCUGGAAGACUGAAACAGGUUUCCCUCAAGAAUUUCCCUGUAUUUAGCUCCAUCCAUCAUUCCUUCAAUUCUGACGAGUUUCCCAGUCCCUGCCACAGCAUGAUGCUGCCACCACCAUGCUUCACUGUAGGGAUGGUGAUGAGAGGUGUUGGGUUUGCGCCAGACAUAGUGUUUUCCUUGAUGGCCAAAAAGCUCAAUUUUAGUCUCAUCUGACCAGAGUACCUUCUUCCAUAUGUUUGGGGAGUCUUCAACAUGCCUUUUGGCGAACACCAAACGUGUUUGCUUAUUUUUUUCUUUAAGCAAUGGUUUUUUUCUGGCCACUCUUCCGUAAAGCCCAUCUCUGUGGAGUGUUCGGCUUAAAGUGGUCCUAUGGACAGAUACUCCAAUCUCAGCUGUGGAGCUUUGCAGCUCCUUCAGGGUUAUCUUUGGUGUCUUUGUUGCCUCUCUGAUUAAUGCCCUCCUUGCCUGGUCUGUGAGUUUUGGUGGGCGGCCCUCUCUUGCCAGGUUUGUUUUGGUGCUAUAUUCUUUCCAUUUUUUUAUAAUGGAUUUAAAGGUGCUUCGUGGGAUGUUCAAAGUUUCGGAUAUUUUCUAUAACCCAACCCUGAUCUGUACUUCUCCACAACUUUGUCCCUGACCUGUUUGGAGAGCUCCUUGGUCUUCAUGGUGUCGCUUGCUUGGUGGUGCCCCUUGCUUAGUGGUGUUGUAGACUCUGGGGCCUUUCAGAACAGGUGUGUAUAUAUACUGAGAUCAUGUGACUGUAAGUCGCUCUGGAUAAGAGCGUCUGCUAAAUGACUAAAAUGUAAAUGUAAAUGUGACAGAUCAUGUGACACUUAGAUUGCACACAGGUGGACUUUAUUUAACUAAUUAUGUGACUUCUGAAGGGAAUUGGUUGCACCAGAUCUUAUUUAGGGGCUUCAUCGCAAAGGGGGUGAAUACAUAUGCACGCACCACUUUAACGUUAUUUAUUUUUCUAAUUUUUUGAAACAAGUUAUAUUUUUCAUUUCACUUCACCAAUUUGGACUAUUUUGUGUAUGUCAGUUACAUGAAAUCCAAAUAAAAAUCCAUUUGAAUUACAGGUUGUAAUGCAACAAAAUAGGAAAAAUGCCAAGCGGGAUGAAUACUUUUGCAAGGCACUGUAUCUGCAUCAGAGGAAAGUAUACACCUGUUAUUUUAUAAUACAUUUUUAUUAUAGUGCAGCUCUGUAGAGCAGCCUUCUUUGGAUGUACAAAUCAAAUCAGAUUGUAUUUGUCACAUGCGCCGAAUACAACAGGUGUAGACCUUACAGUGAAAUGCUUACUUACAAGCCCUUAACCAACAAUGCAGUUUUAAGAAAAAUAAGUGUUAAGUAAACAAUAGAUAAAGAAAAAAUAAAAGCAGUAAAAUAACAUUAAAAAUAACAGUAGUGAGGCUACGUACAUGGCGUACCGAUACAGAGUCAAUGUGCAGGGGCACCGGUUAGUCGAGGUAAUUGAGGUAAUAUGUAGAUGUAGGCAUAGUUAAAGUGACUAUGCAUAGAUAAUAAACAGAGUAGCAGCACUGUAAAAAGGGGGGGGGGGGGGGGGGGACAAUGAAAAUAGUCCGGGUAGCCAUUUGAUUAGCUGUUCAGGAGUCUUAUGACUUGAGGGUAGAAGCUGUUAAGAAGCCUUUUGGACCUAGACUUGGCCCUCCGGUACCGCUUGCUGUGCGGUAGCAGAGAGAACAGUCUAUGACUAGGGUGGCUGGAGUCUUUGACAAUUUUUGGGGCCUUCCUCUGACACCGCCUGGUAUAGAGGUCCUGGAUGGCAGGAAGCUUGGCCCCAGUGAUGUACUGGGCCGUACGCAUGACCCUCUGUACAGUAGUCCUAAAGAAGAUACUUGUGCACUGUUUUCCUCUUUUAGUAUUUGUCUUUUCUGUGAUUGAGACAGGAAAGACGGAAAGUAAAGUUUGGAACUGUGUUUUGACCUGUGACCUCUGUGUUGGGCUGUGGAGGUUGUCGCGGUGCCAUAGUGCAGGCGGAGGCCCGCUCAGCAGACGAACCAGUGUUAACACGACGCUGUGUCAUCAUGAAGCUGCCGGACUUCACCGUGGAGCGAUACCUGGAGGCGCUGAGGCAGAGCGCUGCCGCUGUACUCCUCCUGCUCCCCAGAAACAUGUCCGCUGUCCCCCAGGAAAUCAUACAGGUAUCUUAGACCUUUAAUCAGGGUUAGCGGCCCAUUCUGUUGUAAUAUCAAUCACUUGGGAGUAUACGACAAUCUGCAGGUUUAUGACAAUGCCUGUUUUCUCUACCCGGCACCUUCGAGUUCUUCUGGAUGUGUGGCACAUUACACCAAUAUAAUGUUAACCCUUUGCUUCCAUACAGAGCUUCAUGGUGAGUGAGAGUGAAGCGCUGCUAAAGGAUACCAUCAUGCCUGUGUACGUGACCCCGGAGGACGAGCAGCUCCUUUAUAUGUACGAAGAGGUCAAGCACGCAGCAGCCUCCCGCACCUCCUCUAUACUGGUCCGAGGUGAGAGGAGGAGGCGGGAUGGGAGGAAGAGGGUCUGGAGAGUAGGAAGGUUGAGAGGGGGAUGAGGAAAGGAGGUAGACUGUGAGGGAAGAGAGGAGGAGAGGAUACAGCGCAAUUUAAAAUGAGAUUUUAAUAAUAAAUGUAAUAGGUUCAGCAUCUUUCAUACAAUACAACUUGAACUUCUCUCUCCCUCUCUCUUUUACUCUCUGUCUCUUUCAGUGUUCCGUAGUAUGGUCACAGCCACCGUAUUUCAGAUUCUAGUGAGCAACACCAACCCCAUCAAGCCCAUCACUGACAACACAAUCAUUACUCUGGAGGUGAGUCUCUCCGACCCUGUCUAUGACCAAGGGCAUCAGCUAAUUCUUAUGGCAUAUGAACCAUGCAAUUUGGUUUCAAAAUGAUAAUUGGAUGUGAAAUACUGUAUUAGUCCUACUGGUCCCAACAUAGCCAUGUCAGACUUGUGUACAGAUUGUGAUUGGUCACUGUGCGUUCAGGGUGUACUUCCUGGUGCUGGAGAGGAUGUGCCCACUAUCGUUAUCACGGCCCACUAUGACUCCUACGGCCUUACUCCAGUAAGUCAACUGCACGCUGCGUAUACACUAGUGAAAUAAACAUUUAUUCACAAAUACUGAGUUUCAAUCAAGAAUAUGUGUGUGUGUAAAACAGUGGCUGUCGUAUGGAGCAGACUCAAAUGGUAGUGGAGUCACCAUCUUGCUUGAGCUGGUCCGUCUCUUCCAGAAACUUUACAGCAAACCCCACAGCCAGCCUCCGUGAGUUACACACACUAUCUUUUAGUUAUUUACAGGUCAUUAAUUAGUUAUUAUUGUAGCUCAGUUGGUAGAAUACGUCAAACGUAUGCACGCAUGACUUUAAGUCGCUUUGGAAAAAGUGUCUGCUAAAUGGCAUAUAUUAUUACUAUUUAUAUUAUAUAUGAUCACUAUUCAUAGAUCAUAUAAAAAGUAUUAAUCACAUAUAUUACAUUUCUAUUACAUUUCAAAUAUCAUACAAUUUGAGUAAUAGGCCUUAGGACCUUAUCCAAUCAAAACUGCAAAUCAGGUUUUCAGGGAAUGUUUGGGCUUUUGAAAUGACACUUGUGUUCUUUGUGUUUUAGAUACCAUCUUCUUUUCUCCCUGACUGGCGGUGGGAAGUAUAACUUCCUGGGUACCAAGAGGUUUAUAGAGGAGAAUAUGGAUCAUGCCGGUGAGUUGCUGUUUCACUUGAUCGUCUUUCAGAUAUGGAGUCAAGACCAUAACUUUCGAGAUCUAGACCAAGACCAACCAUCUCAAGUCAGAAACAUAAAGCAUCUACACCCUAAAAACUCUAGCCACUGCAUGUACAGUCGUGGUCAAACGUUUUGAGAAUGACACAAAUAUUAAUUUUCACAAAGUCUGCUGCCUCAGUUUUUAUGAUGGCAAUUUGCAUAUACUCCAGAAUGUUAUGAAGAGUGAUCAGAUGAAUUGCAAUUAAUUACAAAGUCUCUCUUUGCCAUGAAAAUGAACUUAAUCCCCCAAAAACAUUUCCACUGCAUUUCAGCCCUGCCACAAAAGGACCAGCUGCCAUCAUGUCAGUGAUUCUCUCGUUAACACAGGUGAGAGUGUUGACGAGGACAAGACUGGAGAUCACUCUGUCAUGCUGAUUGAGUUAGAAUAACAGACUGGAAGCUUUAAAAGGAGGGUGGUGCUUGAAAUCAUUGUUCUUCCUCUGUUAACCAUGGUUACCUGCAAGGAAACACGUGCCAUCAUCAUUGCUUUGCACAAAAAGGGCUUCACAGGCAAGGAUAUUGCUGCUAGUAAGAUUGCACCUAAAUCAACCAUUUAUCGGAUCAUCGAGAACUUCAAGGAGAGAGGUUCAAUUGUUGUGAAAAAGGUGUCAGGGCGCACAAGAAAGUCCAGCAAGCGCCAGGACUGUCUCCUAAAGUUGAUUCAGCUGCGGGAUUGGGGCACCACCAGUGCAGAGCUUGCUCAGGAAUGGCAGCAGGCAGGUGUUAGUGCAUCUGCACGCACAGUGAGGCGAAGACUUUUGGAGGGUGGCCUGGUGUCAAGAAGGGCAGCAAAGAAGGAAAAACAUCCAGGAAAAACAUCAGGGACAGACUGAUAUUCUGCAAAAGGUACAGGGAUUAGACUGCUGAGGACUGGGGUAAAGUCAUUUUCUCUGAUGAAUCCCCUUUCCGAUUGUUUGGGGCAUCCGGAAAACACCUUGUCCGGAGAAGACAAGGUGAGCGCUACCAUCAGUCCUGUGUCAUGCCAACAGUAAAGCAUCCUGAGACCAUUCAUGUGUGGGGGUGCUUCUCAGCCAAGGGAGUGGGCUCACUCACAAUUUUGCCUAAGAACACAGCCAUGAAUAAAGAAUGGUACCAACACAUCCUCUGAGAACAACUUCUCCCAACCAUCCAAUAACUGUUUGGUGACGACCAAUGCCUUUUCCAGCAUGAUGGAGCACCUUGCCAUAAGGCAAACGUGAUAACUAAGUGGCUUGGGGAACAAAACAUUGAAAUGUUGGGUCCAUGGCCAGGAAACUCCCCAGACCUUAAUCCCAUUGAGAACUUGUGGUCGAUCCUCAAGAAGUGGGUGGACAAACAAAAAUCCACAAAUUCUGACAAACUCCAAGCAUUGAUUAUGCAAGAAUGGGCUGCCAUCAGUCAGGAUGUGGCCCAGAAGUUAAUUGACAGCAUGCCAGGGCGGAUUGCAGAGGUCUUGAAAAAGAAGGGUCAACACUGCAAAUAUUGACUCUUUGCAUAAACUUAAUGUAAUUGUCAAUAAAAGCAUUUGACACUUAUGGAAUGCUUGUAAUUAUACUUCAGUAUACCAUAGUAACAUCUGACAAAAAUAUCUCAUAACACUGAAGCAGCGAACUUUGUGAAGACCAAUACUUGUGUCAUUCUCAAAACGUUUGACCACGACUGUACACCCAGCUUCUACAGUAGGGAGGAAGGCCCCUUAACAUGUCGUCAUACCUACUUUACCACAUACUUGUAUUUUCAUCAGCUGCUUAGUGGGUGAACCAUGGAUGGGAGGGCACUGCUACAACAGCCCUGUAGUCCAGUUGAUUGUAGCCUUGCUUUAUGUCUCCCUCAAGUUGAUUCUAUCCUUGUGGUCCGUCUCCCUCCAGAGACCAGCCUUCUCCAUGACAAUGUGGCGUUUGUCCUGUGUCUGGACACACUGGCCAAUGGGGACGACAUGUUCCUACAUGUGUCCCGCCCCCCCAAACCUGGCACCCCUCAACACGCCUUCGUUCAACAGCUGGAGCAGGUAACUCCUCCUACCAGCAGAUACUGUAGGAAGUGGGGAGGUGCUUGAAGGCCCAAUGUCACUUGUAUGAACUAAACGUAUAUGCAUCCCACCACCUUCCAUCGUAGGUAGUUUCUUCCCGGUUCCCUUGGGUGAGGCUUGGGAUGGUCCACAAGAAGAUCAACCUGGGGGAGUCCACUGUGGCCUGGGAGCACGAGCGCUAUGCCAUGCGCAGGAUACCAGGCUUCACGCUGUCUCACCUGGAGGACCCCAAAGCUGAACUCAGAGGCUCCAUCCUGGACACUGUGUGAGUGGCACUGCUCUGUUUUAAUUUUAGGGUGGCAUGACAACAGUAUAUUAAAUGCAUAUAUAUUACUAUGGCUACAGAGUCUGAAAAAGGUCCUCGAUGAGUCCAUAAUGAGGCUGCUAUCCUCCCAACAGGUUGCAUGUGGACUUGAGGAAGAUGAAGCGCAAUACACUCGUUAUUGCAGAAUCGCUGGCUCGGUUUAUGUAUAAUCUCUCUGACAAGGUAUAAAACAUGUGUACAAACACACACACACACACACACAUACACACACUAGAAUACUUUAUUUGAAUCAUUUUGGAUUGUAUGUUUUCUUGCAUAACUCAUCUCUAUUUGUUUUCCAAUAGGGUUCCCCAAAAGACAUACAGGUCUUCAAGGGCCAAAUGGUAAGAUUACAUUUUUUACCAGAAUCAGGAAAGGCAACUAUAGUCAUAAAGGGAACAAUUCUGUCCUCCAGUUUAGGACACACUGUUGCAUCAGUUCCAAGCAGAGUUAUCAGAAAUUGACUGUACUGUGCACAGUGAAAACAUAAUGUGAACAUAAUCAGUGCAAACAUAAUGCAAGGGGAAUCGUUAAUUUAACCUUCUUAAGGAAACACUUGAUUGCCACUUGUUGUGUUUUACGAUUCCAUCUUUGAGUGCCUUCAUAAAGUAUUCAUACCCCUUUACUUAUUCCAUAUUUUGUUAUGUUAUAGCCUGAAUUCAAAAUGGAUUAAAUCGAUUUUUUCUCUCACACAUCUACACACAAUGCCCCAUAGUAUUUUUUGAUAUUUUUGGCAAAUUUAUUGAAAAUGAAAUACAGAAAUAUCUACUUUACAUAAGAAUUCACACCCAUGAGUCAAUACACCUUUGGCAGCAAUUACAGCUUUGAGUCAUCUUGGGUAUGUCUGUAUCAGCUUUAUACAUCUGUAUUUAGGGAUUUGUCUACCAUUCUUCCUUGCAGAUUUUCUCAAGCUCUGUUAAGUUAGAUGGGGUGCCCCAGUCUAAGGUCGUUUGAUGAGAACCUACUCUGAAGCAGGUUCUCAUCAAGGAUUUGCCUGUAUUUGGCGCCAUUCAUUGUUCUCUCUAUCCUUACCAGUCUCCCAGUCCCUGCCGCUGAAAAAAAUCCUGAUAGCAUGAUCCUGCCACCACCAUCUUUCACAGUAGGGAUGGUGUUAGACGGGUGAUGAGCUGUGCCUGGUUUUCUCCAGACAUAGCACUUUGCAUUCAGGCCAAAGAGUUACAUUUGUUUCAUCAGACCACAGGAUAUUUUGCCUUAUGAUCUCAGUCUUUUACAUGCUUCUACCAAGGUCCUUCUUGCUCAGUUUGGUCGGACAGCCAUUCCAGGUUAAGCUGGUUGAGAGAAUGGCAAAAGUGUGCAAAACUGUCAUCAAGGCAAAGGGUGGCUAUUUAAAGAAUCUCAAAUAUAAAAUCUAUUUUGAUUUGUUGAACACUUUUUUGGUUACUACAAGAUUCCAUAUGUGUUAUUUCAUAGUUUUGAUAUUUUCACUAUUAUUCUACAAUGUAAAAAAUAGUAAAAAUAAAUAAAACCCUUCAAUGAGUAGGUGUGUCCAAACUUUUGACUGAUAUAUAAAUUAAAAAUGUAUUUAUUUAAUUUCCAAUAAAAUUUUUCCCUUUGUCAUUAUGGGGUAUUGUGUGGUGAUGGGUGAAGAAAAAACGUAGAUUUAAUCCAUUUUGAAUUCAGGCUGUAAUACAACAAAAUGUGAAAUGAGUCAAGGGGUAUGAAUGCUUUCUGAAGGCACUGUACCUCUAACCUAAACUUGUACAGUGAAGUUACUGUAUGCAUCCUCAAUUGUCCGUCUCAAUCUCUGGUAUAGGAGUUUCAGGACAGUCGUAUGUCUAGCAUGAUGUCCUUCCUGACGUCACUCCCACGGGCAACACAGCUGGACAAGGAUCCCAAACACGCCAUACUGGUGAACACUCUGGAGCAUGAGCUGAGGCACUACCUGCACCAGGUCCACAGACACACCUUCCGCCAAGACAAGAGGUACAAGACAGACAGAUGCACCCACACAGUCAUAAACAACACGUCCUCCUUCCUUUCAUUCCUUGCAUUCCUUGCAAUUAUGAUUGUUAAGAGUGAAUUGGUAAUGUUUUGUUUCUCUUUCAGGGAUCCUGAACUUACCUUUUUUGACCAAAUGGAGCAACCAAUGAUGAUGUAUAGGUAUAAGGACAAAAUGUAUUUUUUUAUAUAAUGCAAAACAGUCACAUUUUAGGUGCUAGUCCAAUGAGGAAAACUGAGUAUCCAAAACACCCACACUUCCAAAUCCAACGACUAACCUUGAUUCAAAUACAUAUUUUUAUUAUACCGAAUAGUGUAUACAAAUUGAACAAACAACGCAUUUCAUAGUUUGGGUUUGUGAGGUUUGUUUCCAUGUUUUGAUUAUGUUUGGUAAUUGUUAACUGGAUUUCGUUCCAUAUAUGUUUUAUCACCAGGAUAAAGCCAGCAGCCUUUGACCUCUUCCUUGGGGGCUGUAUAGCUGCUUACCUGGGGAUAGUCUACUAUGCCAUCGAGGUUGGUAGACAUUCACAGUUCACCUUGGUAUACAUAGAGACUGCUCAUUUGCCAACAAACCCUGUCACUGGAUCCAAAAGAGUGCAUUUUCCCAACGGGAUAUGAAGCAUAUUAUUUGAUUGUGAGAUUAUGCAAUAUUAAUUAUGCAAUAGUGCCAUGUUCUGAAAUUGUUGCUCAAGGAUCACUGACUGUGUGCUCAUUUAUCUACUUUCAUUUUUAAGAAUUGUGGAUAUCUCUACACCAAACUGAAAGCAGCUGUGAAGUCCAAACAGAAGUAAGGUUGUGACCAGUGCUUCGAAGACCUGGAAGACAACAGAGUUGUGGUUUUUAGGCCCAAUGGAAAAUAUUUUUGUGAGAGAACUGACACUGACUGCAUAGGGAAUUGUGUAGGCCAUACAUUGCAUUUCUAUUUGAAACCAUCUCAACUGAACAAGCCCAUGGGGCAUUGGCGAAAAUUGUAUUUAAAAAUAAUUUGUAGUCCAUGUUAAUGGUGACAAAAACAAAUGUUGCAUUUUAUUACUUUUACGAUUUUUGUAAUAAAC